CAAUACUGCUUGUCACUUGCAAGCAGGCUGCAAUAAGUGGGUACACUUAAAUUAGAUGGAAUUCAUAUUUUGUUUUGCAUUUUCUAACAAGAUAUAUUCGACACGAAAAUAAGCAUUAAAGUGCGUUGACUGAUGUGAGGAACACAUUAAAAUAAUUCAGAUCACUGCUUUAUGUUUUAAGUUCGCUACCUGCUUGUAGAGUACACAUUGAGGCGGCCAAAAGGCUUAAAUCAAUUUCAUUUAGUGCUGCUAUUAUAUGCAUUUUACUGCAACAGUACUCAGCAGAAGAGCGGCGUGAGAAGACUGGAAGAAGCAAUAUGACAGACAAUGAUUGUGCUACAACAAAAGACGCGGUCGACACCAUGCCCACGACGAAGCGCGAAGGGGUAACGGAGGACACGAGGGAGAAUGGGGAGAGCAAGGGGACCACCACGGAGAAGGUCCCCGAGGCUGCCACAAAAGAGUUCGAGCACCCCGAAGGAGGAUGGGGAUGGGUGGUCAUGCUGGCUGCAAUGUGGUGCAACGGAUCGGUGUUCGGGAUCCAAAACGCCUUCGGCAUCCUAUACAUGUCCCUUCUAAGAGAGUUCGGCUCCCCCGACGACGAGGACCUCAGGUUUAAAACAGCAUGGGUGGGCUCUAUCUCCAUGGGUGUGAUCUUCUUCUGCUCCCCCAUCGUCAGCAUCUGCACUGACCUGGUGGGCUGUCGGAUCACCGCCGUGGCCGGUGCCGCCGUGGCCCUGGUGGGGCUGCUGGCAAGCUCCUUCGUCUCAUCCCUGGGCGCCAUGUACUUCACCUACGGCAUCGUGUUCGCCUGCGGCUGCUCCUUCGCCUACCAGCCGAGCCUCGUCAUCCUGGGCCACUACUUCAAGAAGCGCCUCGGCCUGGUCAACGGCAUCGUGACGGCGGGUAGCAGCGUCUUCACAAUCUCGCUGCCCUUCCUGCUGUCCAUGUUGCUGGAUCGGGUGGGGCUCGCCUACACACUACGGGCCCUCACCGUCUUCAUGUUCAUCCUCAUGCUGGCCGGCUUCACCUACAAGCCGCUGUUCCCCAACCCGUCCGUUGCCAGCAAAACCGGCCGGCGCUUCCCGCCCAUGAGCAAGAUCUUCAACAUCAGAAUCUGGAAGUCCUUGGGCUACCGCAUCUGGGCCUUUGGAAUCCCCGCCGCGCUCUAUGGAUACUUUGUGCCCUACGUUCACUUGAUGAAGCACGUGACGGAGGUGUUCGGAGAGAACGCCAACAAGGAGGUGCUGCUCAUGUGCAUCGGCAUCACGUCCGGCGUGGGUCGCCUCAUCUUCGGCAGAGUCGCCGACUACGUCCCCGGUGUCAACAAAAUUUUCCUGCAGGUGUCCUCGUUCCUGGUGAUCGGCCUCAUGUCCAUGAUGAUCCCGCUCUGCAGAGUCUUCGGCGGGCUCAUUGCCGUUUGCCUUCUCAUGGGCCUCUUUGAUGGCUGCUUUAUCUGCAUCAUGGCUCCCAUCGCCUUCGAGCUCGUGGGGGCCCAGGAUGUGUCGCAGGCCAUUGGCUUCCUGCUGGGCAUGAUGUCCGUGCCAAUGACAGUGGGGCCACCCAUUGCAGGUUAUCUGAGGGACAGGCUGGGCUCCUACGACGUAGCCUUCUACCUGGCCGGUAUCCCUCCUAUCGUCGGAGGGGCUUUGCUGUGCCUCAUCCCCUGGUUGGAGGCCAAGCGCAAGAAGAAGGCAUUCGAGACUGAGAAGGAGGCCGUGCAGACAAUGCUGGAAAGCAAGAAUUUCAGCAAGUGUCCAGCAGAUGGGGGCAGUGAAGACAAGAGCUCAGACCCAGAAUCUGUCAUUUGAAUCGGAAAUACUGACACGCACAUAAACAUCCAAAUAGACAUAUACACAUACAAACAUUCAUACAUGCAAUCAAUCGAGCAUCAAAAUAGUGUUUUUUUUUUUAAAGAAAGCUGCUUUUGCAGGACAACUAGAGGGAGAAGUACUACCACAUCGGUGUUACCUAGUGAUGGACAAUGUGACGCUUCAUGAACCAUUAGCUGGAUUUUUGACCACUAGGUAGUACGCAUUGUCCAAAAAGGGCUUAAAGCAUGCACCAAAGCAAACCAAGAGCACCAUCUAGUGGUGUCAAAAAAUGUAGCAAAUGGUUCAUUAAGUGUCAUUUUGUCCGUUACUAGUGUAACCUAUUUAAUUGCACAACCGUUUCUAAAUGAGUGUGAUUCUAAUACCCUAUGCAUUGCAAUGCUUUUCCGAGUGGCAUAUGCCUACUGAAAACAUUAAUGCCUUUAAAGCUUGCUUAUAUAUAACAAAUAUGAAGCCUUGGAGUACAUUAAAUAUCAGCCUCAUAGCACUGCAUCCUUGUUAACUUGUUUUUGAAAGGAACAUUAGGAAGCCAUUACUUUAAAAACACUUAUCCUGCAAUGCUCAACCCAGUAAUACACUAGAUCAGUGGUUCUCAAACCUGGUCCUCGGGACCCACUGCCCUGCUUGUUUUCCCAACUAUCCCUGCCCUACACAUGGCUGAUUACCUGGAUCAGGUGUGUUCAGUCAAUCAGAAGCUGAAAGACAGCUGGGACUUGUGUGUGGGGCAGGGAUAGCUGGAAAACAAGCAGGGCAGUUGGUCCCGAGGACUGAGUUUGAGAACCACUGUACUAGAUAAUAAGUUCCUAGUCAGAUGUGUCAUAAGGCCAACCAAACACUUUCCGUGGAAAGAGUGGAAAAUGAAUGUUGUGCAUUUCUGUGGCCAAAGAGAUUGGAACUAGCUGCUAAGUUAGCAGUUUAAGCUUGGUGUGUUGGAGACAGCUAUGAACCAAAUCCAGAAGAGCUGAAACAGAGUUUGAGAUGUGAUUGUGAGGUAAAUUGGGCUGAUUUAAGGCUUAGCUGAGAUGUGGCCAGUGGGCGUGAUCCCACUAGAGAACAAUGUUGCUUAUUCAUCUAAGCAAAUGAACUCUGUUUUUGGGAAUACUUUUUAAAAAACCAACUUAUGAAUGUAUCGUUAAUUUGCAAAAUAACUGGGCAUAGAGUAUUGCUUCAGAGAAGUGAAUUACAAAAUAUCAAUGGGAUUUUGUUAUUUUUAUGAAACUGGUGCUGUGAUAUACUAAGCAGCUUUUAGCAGAACAGUCGGUCUCACUAUGAUAAACACGUUAAGGGAACAUACAUGCAUCACCUCUGUAGGCGUUCUGCAUGUAUAUCUUCCCAGCUGUUAAAAACUCAAAUUUCACAUUUGUGGGGGUUUUCCCCUUCCGUUAUGCAGUUGAAAAUCCAGUUCAGUGCCAGUUCAUUUUUUUUUUAAAUCACUGUUUCACUGAAAUGUUAGCUGAUGCAAAGAAAGCGUGUUUCUAUGGUUGACUUUCUAUGCCUGGUUUCUCUAUGCAAUGUAGAUGUAGAUGUCUCCAUGCUGACUGACAUGGGCACUUUUACGGGAAACAGUGAAUGGAUGAAGUUGUACAUUCAGUCACUAAGUACAUACGAUAUUUAAAGGUGUGUAAUCUAAUACCCUUAAUACAUCACUUUUCCAGUGAUACCACUUCAUAGUCUACCUCAGAAUACUUGGGCAAUCUUGGGAUAUUUAUCUUAAACACCAAAGGGCACCGCUGUGAGUCACAAUUUCAUUCCAUUUUGUAAAGUCUGACAUUCAAUCUCACUACUAACUUUCAAUUAUUGAUGUUUUUGGGCCAACAUUUGACCCCCUCCUCACACCUCCCAUUGUAAUACGCUUUUAAUUCAGCAGACAUUCAACAACCAAUGCCUGAAAGGUUAAAAUGCAAUCUAAGGAAAUUGUAUGUAAAAUCCCAAAACAGAUUUAUUUUUUUCUAUGAAACAGCACCAUUACACUUUCAAUAUCCUGCAGCGUUAUAUAGUAUGGAACUUCAGCUGCAUGAAUAUUUGGAAUGUGUGCAUUUUACUAUAAUGCAUUAUAUUUGAAAUAAACCAUUUACCAUUCAUUUUUGUGAUAGUCUGGGCUUAAACUGUGUAAUGAGCUAUGAAUAUAAGCAUUAUUAUUAGUAUAUUUAUUAGUGUUUCCUGAUAGUAUUUUGAGGAAAAACACGGAAUAUCAUGGAAAACCCCUUAUAUACUUGUGAUCUAUUUGUACAACAGAUCCUUUUAUAUGUAUGUUAUAUAACGAUACAUAUAUGUUUAUCUUAUUCUGCUCAUGUUGUUUAUUUAUGUACGUUAUCUUUCUGACUUACAGUGUUUUCAUUGAAGAGUAGAAUAGACAUCUCGUUGUGUUAAUGUUCAGUAGCACCUCAAAUGUUAAAGUAUUUCAUAAACAUUCACUCAGAGCUUUGUAACGAAGUUGGCCAAAUUCUAGUUUGCAGCGCAUUGUUGGAAACAGCGCCCUCUGCUUGUGGAGGAGCACCAAUACCCUUUUUUUCUGUCAGAUUAAAUAUUUCAUUCACACUAUCAAUCCAAAGAUUUAAAUGUCAAGCGUUACUUUAAAACAAGUAUAGUAUAUAUAUUAGAAAUUUAGAUGUUUCGAAAAAUUUCUUUAUAUUUUUUUGAAAGAGAAUUGCUAACUACCAAAUAAGAUUAUAUAUUGGGAAUAGUAUAUAUUGAGAAUACAAGGAAUAUUCUGUUAACGCCAUAUUGUGUGAAAUUGAAUCUUUUCAAUAGCUUAUAUGUUUCUUUUCUCAGCUGUAUCCAAUAAGAAAAAAAAUAUCUAUUCUAAUGCAUUUAAGAAUCUGGACGUACAUAUUUGGGUUUUCUGUCGCUGUGCACUGAUUAAAGUGCUACCCAAAUUCCCUGUCACGCAAGGUUGUUGGGUUAUUUUCAUCAUUUUUUGUGCCUUAAAGCUUUCCCUGAGCAUUUACGUGUGACAUGGAAAACAUAAGUAUUUGAAAAUCACGACAUAUUUUGUAUUAACUUUCAAGUCCCUAAUUCCUGCAUUUGUAUCUUUUUGCUGAUUGCAUCAUUUUUUUUAAUGGAAUUUUCUAGUAUGCAAUGUACAUGUCCGCAGAUUGUAUUCCGAUUGUACGAUCACUUGGUUAAAGAGUAAAGAAUUGAUAAAAUUUUUUCAUAA